AUGCCACCAACAAGUCUUGCGAAGCGCGACUGUCAAGUGCAGUUGGUCAGCAGUGAUGAUGAUUUUCUUUUUUCUUUGGCUAUUGAGUCACGCGAUUUCGAAUUAUUUUUCGAAAACUUCACUUGCUCUCGCCUUCCGAACAGCAACUCCGUGGCGAGCAAUUAUCUGCAAACUCUCAAUUGCGGCCUCAGCAAGAAUGCCAAACGACGCACAGUGCAAAUGGAAUUAUCAUUUAAACGCGAUUUGAGCGAUUUCGAGUUGAACGUGUUGAUUGUGUUGCCGCGCAGGCGCGCCGCUGACUUUGUACUGCUCAAUAUCAGCUACAUUAAUGGUUGUGAUUUCCUUGCCAAUCGUCAUUUGGUCACACUCUUGCAAAUCGGACGUAAGACAAUCGAUAAAUAUGGUAAUUUUCCGCAGCGUUGCCCUUUUCAAAGCAACACAGGCUACUACAUACGCGGCUAUCGUUGGGGUAUGGACACGUUGCCGGCCUUCGCGGUGCAGACUACGGUGCAUAUUCACUUUGAAUAUCUCGUUAAUGGUCACAUUAUUGUGGAGGGGCACAUCAAAAGUCGCUUGGAUUUGAAGUCGGGCCGCAAGGAGGCGGCAACCGGUUGGUUUGCUGUAGACUGAGCAUGAGUAAAGAGGCCAAGCGCACAUAUAAAAAUGUAUAUAAA